AUGGGCAUUGGAAGGGCGGAAGAUUUUAACGACAGACAAACUGAGAUUGAUGCGAGGAACGAGCCUUACAAUCAAUAUCAAUAUGAGGCUGAAGGAAAUGAUUCAUGGGCUGGAGCACUCCCAGUGAAGCAGGGUUUAUAUGAUCCUAGCUUGGAGAAGGAUGCUUGCGGUGUUGGUUUUGCUUGUAACAUUAAAGGCAAACCCAGCCACAAAAUCGUCAGCGAUGCACGAAACCUUCUUUGUAAUAUGACCCAUCGAGGUGCUGUGGGUUCAGAUGCGAGAGAUGGAGAUGGUGCUGGUGUUAUGACAUCUAUUCCUCACAAAUUCUUUAUCAAAAAUUUCGAGCGCGAGACAGAUAUCAAGCUUCCACCGUUAGGUCAAUAUGCUGUGGGAAAUCUCUUCUUCAAGCCAGACGAGGAAACUCUACAAGAAUCAAAGAAACAAUUGGAAGAGAUCUCUGAAUCUCUAGGAUUAAGAGUACUAGGCUGGCGAGAACCUCCUAAAGAUUCUACUCUCCUUGGUCCCGCUGCUGCAUCUCGUGAGCCUAUCAUAUUGCAGCCCUUCGUAGUGCUAGCAUCUGCAUAUGGCCCAGGAAACUCACCGGAAAUUACCGACCCUGAGCAAUUUGAUGAGAAACUUUUCGAAAGACAACUCUAUGUACUCCGAAAGCGUGCAACCCAUACAAUUGGUUUACACAAUUGGUUCUACUUGUGUUCCCUUUCUAACAAGAACAUUGUUUACAAGGGUCAACUCGCCCCUAUACAGGUUUAUCAGUAUUUCUAUGAUCUGGUGAACGCUGAUUACGAAGCCCAUUUUGCUCUUGUGCAUUCACGUUUUUCUACAAAUACUUUCCCCUCAUGGGAUCGUGCUCAACCAUUACGAUGGGCAGCUCACAAUGGUGAAAUUAACACCCUUCGCGGAAACAAGAACUGGAUGCGUGCCCGAGAAGGUGUAAUGCAAUCCGACGUUUUUGGUGAAGAACUUGAAUCGCUGUACCCGAUCGUCGAAGAUGGAGGCUCUGACUCAGCUGCAUUCGAUAACGUGCUUGAGUUACUCACUAUCAAUGGAGUUCUUUCUCUACCUGAAGCUGUUAUGCUGAUGGUUCCAGAAGCAUGGCAGGACAAUGCCGCCAUGGACCCAGCGAAGGCGGCUUUCUACGAGUGGGCAGCUUGUCAAAUGGAACCUUGGGAUGGACCUGCACUUUUCACAUUCGCCGAUGGUAGAUACUGCGGUGCAAAUCUCGACAGAAACGGUCUCCGACCAUGUAGAUAUUAUGUCAUGGAUGAUGACAGAAUCAUUUGCGCUUCUGAAGUCGGUACUAUCCAAGUGGACCCAGAACGUGUUGUCCUCAAGGGUCGUUUGCAACCAGGAAAGAUGCUUCUCGUCGACACCGUCGCGGGGCGCAUCAUCGAUGAUGCAGAACUGAAGAACACUGUGGCUAAACGUCAUGAUUUCCGAUCUUGGCUUCACAAGGAGCUUGUCAGCUUACCUAAAGUUCACGAAAAAUUGAUAACUCAAGGUACCGUUGACUUGGAACCAAAGCCUGAUGCUAGUACCAUUCAGGAGGAUGCCCUUCUGAAAGCUUUUGGGUACACCUUUGAGCAGGUUUCUUUGGUCCUUGCACCAAUGGCUUCUGACGAAAAGGAGGCCCUUGGCUCCAUGGGUAACGAUGCACCUCUCGCAUGUCUUGCCGAUGCUCCUCGUCUACUGUACGAAUACUUCCGUCAACUUUUUGCCCAAGUCACCAAUCCCCCUAUCGAUCCCAUUAGAGAAGCCAUUGUCAUGUCGCUCGAUUGUUACGUUGGCCCUCAAGGAAACUUGUUAGGCAUGGAGUCAUCACAGUGCGGUAGAUUGUUACUUCCAACGCCUAUUCUCUCUAUCCCUGAGUUCAAUGCCCUCAAGAAUAUCAACAAGUUCUAUCCAAAAUGGACUUCCAAAGUUAUUGACUUGACAUUCCCAAGAUCCGAAGGUGUUGAAGGAUAUCUUAAACAUUUGGAUUACAUCUGUGACGAAGCAACUGCUGCCAUCGAUAACAAGGAUUCAAUCAUCAUUCUUUCCGAUCGUGCUACAUCCGCCGACCGAGUCUCAGUUUCAACUCUUCUCGCUUCCGGAAUGGUUCAUCACCAUCUCGUUAACAACAAAUGGAGAUCUCAUGUCGCUUUAGUUGUCGAAACCGCUGAAGCUCGUGAGGUUCACCAUAUGUGCGUGCUUGUCGGAUACGGUGUAGACGCCGUCAACCCAUACCUUGCAAUGGAAUGUAUCAUCAAGCUUAACCGUGAAGGUCUCAUCAGGAAGAAGCUCAGUGAUGACCAACUCAUUCGCAACUACAAGUAUUCUGCCGAUGGUGGUAUCCUGAAGGUCAUGAGUAAGAUGGGUAUUUCUACACUCGCUAGUUACAAAGGUGCUCAAAUCUUUGAAGCUCUUGGUAUUGAUGAUUCUGUGGUCGAUCGUUGCUUCAAGGGUACUGCUACAAGAAUUAAGGGUAUUACUUUUGAACAAAUUGCCGAAGAUGCUUUCAGAUUCCACGAGAAGGGUUUCCCAUCGAGAUACACUGUGACCAUCCCAGGUCUUGUUGAAUCUGGCGAGUAUCAUUGGCGUGAUGGUGGUGAACCUCAUAUCAAUGACCCUACCUCUAUUGCCAACAUUCAAGAUGCCGUUAGAACCAAGAACGAUAAGUCUUAUGAGGCUUACUCACUUUCCGAGUACGAACAGAUCAAAUCUUGUACAUUACGAGGUCUCCUCGAUUUCAACUUUGAGGAGAGCAAUCCAGUCCCAAUUGACCAAGUCGAGCCAUGGACGGAGAUUGUUAGGAGAUUCUGUACUGGUGCUAUGUCCUACGGUUCCAUUUCCAUGGAAUCGCAUUCCACUCUUGCCGUUGCGAUGAACCGUCUCGGUGGUAAAUCCAACACAGGUGAGGGUGGUGAAGACCCAGAACGUUCCGAGGUCAUGUCAAAUGGUGAUACCAUGAGAUCAGCUAUCAAACAAGUUGCAUCUGGAAGAUUCGGUGUUACUUCUAACUAUCUUGCUGACUCAGAUGAGCUUCAAAUUAAGAUGGCUCAAGGUGCUAAGCCCGGAGAGGGUGGUGAGCUUCCUGGUCACAAAGUGUCACAGUCCAUCGCAAGAACUCGUCAUUCUACUCCUGGUGUCGGUCUUAUCUCGCCACCUCCUCAUCACGAUAUUUACUCCAUCGAAGAUCUGAAACAAUUGAUCUACGAUCUCAAGUGUGCCAAUCCUCGCUCCCGAGUAUCUGUCAAACUUGUGUCUGAAACUGGUGUUGGUAUCGUCGCUUCUGGUGUUGCCAAGGCGAAGGCUGACCACAUCUUGAUUUCUGGUCACGAUGGUGGAACUGGUGCUUCUCGAUGGACUGGUAUCAAGUAUGCCGGCUUGCCAUGGGAGCUUGGUCUUGCCGAGACUCAUCAAACUUUAGUCUUGAACGAUCUCCGUGGUCGUGUUGUUGUUCAGACUGAUGGCCAACUUCGAACUGGUCGUGAUGUUGCAAUUGCAUGUCUGCUUGGUGCAGAAGAAUGGGGCUUUGCUACUACCCCUCUUAUUGCCAUGGGUUGUAUUAUGAUGAGAAAAUGUCACUUGAAUACUUGCCCUGUUGGUAUAGCCACUCAAGAUCCGGAACUUAGAAAGAAGUUCCAAGGUACUCCAGAGCAUGUUAUAAACUUCUUUUACUACAUUGCGAACGAACUGAGAGCCAUCAUGGCCAAGCUUGGUUUCAGAACAAUCAAUGAGAUGGUCGGACAUGCUGAAUGUCUAAGAGUACGAGAUGAUCUCCGCACCAAGAAGACUAGCAACAUCGAUCUAUCUCUCAUCCUUACUCCUGCUCACAAGCUCAGACCUGGAGUUGCUACCUUCAACGUCCGCAAACAAGAUCACCGACUUUACGUCCGCCUUGACAACAAGUUGAUCUCUGAAGCUGAGUUGACUCUUGAUAAGGGUCUUCCUUCACGCAUUGAGUGUGACAUUGUCAACACUGACCGUGCUAUGGGUACUUCUCUGUCAUACCAAAUCUCGAAGAGAUAUGGUGAGGAUGGAUUGCCCAUGGAUACCGUCCACGUCAAUAUCAAGGGAUCCGCCGGUCAAUCCUUCGGUGCUUUCCUUGCUCCUGGUGUUACCCUAGAGCUUGAAGGUGACGCAAACGAUUACGUAGGAAAGGGUCUUUCGGGUGGUCGUUUGAUUGUUUAUCCACCCCGUUCUGCCGUCUUCAAGGCCGAAGAGAACGUUAUUGUCGGUAACGUCUGCCUUUAUGGUGCCACUAGCGGAACUGUAUUCUUCCGUGGUGUUGCCGCUGAGAGAUUCGCUGUCCGAAACUCGGGAGCCACAGCAGUUGUAGAGGGUGUCGGUGACCACGGUUGCGAGUACAUGACUGGUGGUCGUGUUCUUAUCUUGGGAUCUACUGGACGCAACUUUGCUGCCGGUAUGUCCGGUGGUAUUGCAUACAUUCUCGAUAUCCAACAAGAUUUCAUGUCCAAGCUGAACACGGAGAUGGUUGAAGCUUCAGGUAUUGAUGAUCCAGCUGAAAUUGCAUUCGUCCGAAGCUUGAUUGAAGAUCACCAUCACUACACUGGCUCGGAGCUUGCUGCCCGCAUUCUCCUUGACUUCAACAGAGCACUACGUCGCUUCGUCAAGGUUUUGCCUGUUGAUUACAAGCGUGUCCUCCAGGAAGAAGCUGCCAAGGCUGCUGCUGCCAAGAAGGCAAGAUUUGCCUUGCCAUUCCUCCCAGGAAACCCAGUUCGUGAACAACAUGAGAAGAACCAAAAGGAGAACAAGAAGCCAUCUGAUCUCCAGGAUAUCGAAGAGACUAUUGGUGAUUCUGCCGUUGAAAAGAAGAGAUCUUUGGUUUUGGACAAAACCAAGGGUUUCAUGAAGUAUCAACGUAGAUCCGAGAAAUAUCGCUCAGCCAAGACAAGAACUCGUGACUGGGCUGAGCUUUCCAAGCGUCUCGAUGAAGAUGAGCUCAAAUAUCAAGCUGCUCGUUGCAUGGACUGUGGUGUUCCGUUCUGUCAAUCUGAUUCAGGUUGCCCAAUCUCCAAUAUCAUUCCUAAAUGGAAUGAGUUGGUAUUCCAAAAUCAAUGGCGAGAUGCACUUAAUAGACUUUUGCUUACCAACAAUUUUCCGGAGUUUACCGGUCGUGUCUGCCCUGCUCCUUGCGAAGGUGCAUGCGUGCUUGGUAUCAAUGAAGAUCCUGUUGGAAUCAAAUCAAUUGAAUGUGCCAUCAUUGAUCGUGGAUUCGAUAUGGGAUGGAUGAUUCCACAGGAACCCAAGGUCCGCACUGGCAAGACCGUUGCCAUCAUUGGUUCUGGACCAGCUGGUCUUGCUUGCGCUGAUCAACUCAACAAAGCUGGCCACAAAGUCACUGUCUAUGAACGUGCUGACCGUGCUGGAGGUCUGCUCAUGUAUGGUAUCCCUAACAUGAAGCUUGACAAGAAGAUUGUCAAGCGUCGUACAGAUUUCAUGGCUGCUGAGGGAAUCACAUUCAAGACUAACGUCGCAGUUGGUCAAGAUGUUCAACUUAUGGAUCUCAAGGCCGAAAAUGACGCGGUAGUUAUCGCUACUGGAGCUACUGUUGCUCGUGAUCUUCCAAUCAAGAACAGAAGCCUUGAGGGUAUUCAUUUCGCCAUGCAAUUCUUGCACCGCAACACCAAGUCUCUACUUGACUCAGAGCUGGCUGAUGACGAGUACAUCUCCGCUAAGGGCAAGCAUGUCGUUGUCAUUGGUGGUGGUGAUACCGGAAACGAUUGCAUUGGUACUUCCGUCCGACACGGUGCCAAGUCAGUCACAAACUUUGAACUUUUACCUCAACCACCAAAUCAACGUGCCCGUGAUAACCCAUGGCCUCAAUGGCCACGUGUCUACCGUGUAGACUAUGGUCACACUGAGGUCAAGCAGCACAUGGGCAAAGAUCCUCGUGAAUACUGUGUCAUGUCUGAAGAGUUUGUUGAUGAUGGAACUGGAAAGGUCAAAGGUAUCAACACUGUUCGUGUCGAAUGGACCAAGUCUUCCACUGGUGGUUGGGACAUGAAGAAGAUCGAAGGAUCCCAACAGUUCUUCCCAGCUGAUCUUGUUCUUUUGUCUAUGGGUUUCCUCGGUCCCGAGGAUCGUGUUCUCGGCGAUGACAUUGAGAAGGAUGGCCGCAAGAAUGUUAAGACUGCUCCUGGCAAGUACUCUACAAAUGUUGAGGGAAUCUUCGCUGCAGGAGAUUGUCGCCGUGGACAAUCUCUCAUUGUUUGGGGUAUCAACGAAGGUAGACAAUGUGCUAGAGAGUGUGAUCGCUUCUUGGAGGGAUCUACCUCUUUGCCUGUCACUGGUGGAAUUGUUAAGAGCAAUGCAUCCGAAAUCCUAGCCCGUGGACCUCAUCGCGAGAUCUUAGGACGUGCUGAGCGUGCUCCUAUCCAAGUCGCCGCAGCUGCAACAUAA